GAGAGAGAGAGAGAGAGAGAGAGAGAGAGAGUGACAACGUGAAGCGUUUUUGUUUUGUAACUAAAACCUUGACAACGUUGACAUAUUAUUUAAAAAAAAUAAAUAAAUAAGACGAUCUGAAUUUAGCAGCGGGCCAAUUUGGGAUUUUGCACCAUAAUAUUUUCUGCAGAUGUUCGGCGCGCCGUCUUUUUGUGGUCGCGUGUUUUUCCACUCGACCGUGUUACCUGAUAGGCUUGUCGAAAACGUUGUGUAAGAUAGAACCCCACUUUUUUGUGCGUUUGUUUCCACGCCGGCAAAUUGAAUGGCACAAAGGGAGCGACAGUUGCUCAUUUGCAUCCGCGCUGCCCCAAGGCGCGCCGCCGCCCGGCCUCAAAACAACUCAAGUGAAGCUGGAGAGCCUUAAUCCGUGGGCGACCUCCCCGUUCACACCGUGGGGCACGAGACUGAAGAUGACCGUGUGAGCGCCGCCGCUGCGCUUUGUGUUGGAGCAACAGGCAGCGCGCGGAGGAAUGCGCCAGCGCCGAGAGAUGAGUGCCAAAGCCUCAGCGGGACGCACGGUGUAUCCAGGACUUGUGGUGUAGCCAGACUGGACGGCACCGCGCACAGGAGACGCGCGGCGGCGGACACCUUUUACGCGCGGAGGCUGUGUUGUGUCAAUACCUCGAGGAGGGAACGGCUUCCAGCGGAGCACACGCGUGCUCGAGGGGGGGCCUCCGCGCACUUGAUGCCCGCUUCGGUGAUGCCAUGCCGCGCAACCACAGCGGAGACGAAGGUGGCACCGGGCUCUGGAUGAGGACGUCGCCGGGGCAGCGUGCCGAGGGCUACGGCUUGAAGGAUGUGGAGUCCGGACGCAAGAUGAUGAACAGCGCAGGGGACGGCUUGCUGUCGGCCGCAGGUGCUGCCGGCACCGAGAGCCUGAGGGGGAAGCAGGGGGCCCGGCUCAGCCUGCUGGGGAAGCCGCUCAUAUACAGCGCGCAGAGCGGCCGGAGGAACGUGCGCUACCGGCGGCUCCAAAACUACCUGUACAACGUGCUGGAGAGACCGAGAGCCUGGGCGUUCAUCUACCACGCGUUUGUGUUCAUCCUGGUCUUCAGCUGCCUGGUGCUCUCCGUGUUCUCCACCAUCCCGGCCCAUCAGGACUUCUCCUCCUACUGUCUCCUCAUCCUGGAGUUUGUGAUGAUCGUGGUGUUCGGGCUGGAGUACAUCUUCCGCAUCUGGUCGGCAGGAUGCUGCUGUCGCUACAGAGGAUGGCAGGGACGACUGCGCUUCGCCAGAAAGCCCUUUUGCGUCAUAGAUAUCAUAGUGCUGAUAGCGUCCGUGGCGGUGGUGUCGGCCGGCAGUCAGGGCAACAUCUUCGCCACCUCGGUCCUGCGCAGCCUGCGCUUCCUGCAGAUCCUACGCAUGGUGCGGAUGGACCGGAGAGGAGGCACCUGGAAGCUGCUGGGCUCUGUGGUCUACGCACACAGCAAGGAACUGGUCACCGCCUGGUACAUCGGCUUCUUGGUUCUCAUCUUCUCCUCGUUCCUCGUCUACCUCGUGGAGAACAAGAACAACAAGGAGUUUGCGACGUACGCCGAUGCCUUGUGGUGGGGCACGAUCACCCUGACCACCAUUGGCUACGGGGACAAGACGCCAAAGUCGUGGACGGGACGCAUGCUGUCCGCAGGGUUUGCCCUCUUGGGCAUCUCCUUCUUUGCCCUGCCAGCAGGUAUUCUGGGCUCAGGCUUCGCCCUGAAGGUCCAGGAGCAGCACCGACAGAAGCACUUUGAGAAAAGGAGGAACCCAGCGGCCUACCUCAUCCAGUGUGUUUGGCGUAGUUAUGCGGCUGAUGAGAACUCGGUUUCCAUUGCUACCUGGAAGCCUCACUUGAAGGCGUUGCAUACCUGCAGCCCUACAAAGAAGGAGCAGGGAGAGUCCACCACAAGCCAGAAGUUGAGCUUCAAGGAGCGGGUAAGGUUGGCGAGCCCCCGGGGCCAGAGCAUCAAGCAGAGGCAGACGUCCUCGGUGAACGACCGGAGGUCACCGGUGGCCGAGGCCGGUACAGAGGGCAGCAGCCCCGCCAAGGUGCAGAAGAGCUGGAGCUUCAAUGACCGCACACGCUUCAGACCUUCACUCCGCCUGAAGAGCCAGUCCCGCUCCACCACUGACGGUGGGUCGGAGGAUUGGGAUUACUCACUGCAUGUAAACGGGGGUCCCCUGCCUCACAGGAAUCUUUCUCUCUCCCAAGCAGCAGACUCCAACGUGGCCGGGGAGGAUGGCUUCGAUGAGAAGGGCUGUCACUGCGAGAUCUCCGUGGAGGACUUGCUGCCCUCGGUCAAGUCUGUCAUUAGAGCUGUCAGGAUAAUGAAGUUCCACGUGGCCAAGAAGAAGUUUAAGGAGACGCUGCGUCCCUAUGACGUGAAGGAUGUGAUCGAACAGUACUCUGCCGGUCACUUGGACAUGCUGUGUCGCAUCAAGAGCCUGCAGACCAGGCUGGACAUGAUUGUCGGCCCACAGCCCCUGAGCAGCAGAGCCAAGACCUUUUCCUCCCUCCCGGUCUAUUACAGCCAGGGCAGAAAGAACUCCACUCAGGGAGUGGACCAAAUCCUCGGGAAGGGCCAGAUCCCUCUGGAUAAGAAGAUUCGAGAGAAGCUGCUGUCUGAUGGAGAUAUAUUAGAGGACAUGAGCAUGCUGGGUCGCGUCUGUAAGGUGGAGCGACAGGUCCAGUCUAUUGAGUCGAAGCUCGACUCCCUGCUUGACAUUUAUCGCCAGGUUUUGCGUAAAGGCUCGUCUUCGGCCCUCACGCUCUCCUCCCUGCCACUGUUCGAGUUGGAACAGACCUCCGACUACCACUCCUCUGUCUUCAGCAAGGACUUGUCCUGCUCCACCCAGGUCGGCAGCGGUGGAGCGCCUCCGCCUAGUGGCUGCGUCACACGCUCCACCACUAACUCCCACCUCUCCCAGGGAGGACUCCAUCUCAUCCUGGCGCCACCCAAUGACCUCAACCUCAACCUCAAUGUCUCCUCCUCUACGCCUCCCUCUGGCCUUCCGUCCUCCUCUUUUAGCCCAUCGCCACUGCCUCACCACCAUCAUCAUCACCACCACCACCACCAUCAUCCUCAUCAUCCCCACCAUCAUCACACUCAAGCGCAGGCCACCACGCCUGAAAGUGGUACUGACGAGGCUGUGGGGAGCUCUCCACCCGUCCUCACCCCUAAUAGUGUCAGCAGAGGAGGAGGCGGGGGAGUAGGAGAAGGCGAGUUUCCUCUUCUUCCAAGGCUUCCACCACCGCUCCCUCCCAGCCGAUGCGGUGGCCCAAGCAACUUGGUACGAGCGACCUCCACAGAACCAACCCCCAACAUGGAGGACUUUUGUAGAGGGCUAGGGACAAAGAUAGAGGACAGCAAUAUCAGGGAAAAUCUAGGCAUUGGGUUUGGGCUGGGCAGACGGGGGCAGCAGCUCAAGGGCAGCACCAACAGAAAUAGCAGGCUGAACACUAAGGAGGAGGGCUCCUGGAGGAGGCACAUGAGCCUGGAGCUGGAGCCCCUGGUGCCGUCCGCCCUGGGCUGCUGCCCUGACCCCAGACAGAUGGACCGGGGAUUGGGAAAGUCCAUGUCCGUGCAGGACCUGAUGGAGGCGCCUCCAGGGGCUGUCCAGGACGCCCACCACAGCCACAACCUGUCCUCUCCAAGCCCCAGUACAAGCAGUGACUCCCCCAUUGACUUCCACCGCUGUAGCCGAGACCCUGGGGGAGGAGGGAGUGGUGUUGGUAUAGGCAUGAGUGGUGGGGUGCGAUGGGGUGAGGAGGACCUCUUUAUCAGUGACAGGGACUUAGAGGCGCAGGGAUUUAACUUCCUGUCACAGGGGACAGCUGAAGCCCACUCCUACUCCUCAGAGCUCCUGAGGACAGGGGGCAGAGCAGGGGCAGGGUCCCGGGGCUCUAACCAAAGCCCGGCAAGCGGCCACGUCUCCUCACCCACUGCUGGCAGCACCGAAUUGCUGAACAUGCCGCAUGUGCGGCUAAAAUAGACCCGGCUACAAGUAGGAAAGGCAAGCAAAUCUCACCUCACAGGGACAGUUUUUAUCCUUUUGGAUGGGAGAAGGAGGGUGGGACUAUAAACAAGGGGUCCUUUAUUGUUAAGUUUCCUUUUGAUCCAUUUGAUAAGAAUCACAAUAUUUUCACACAGGCUGAUCACAUAUGGCUUAUCAUUGCAUGAGUUACUCUUUGUUUGGAAGUAGGAUUGACAUCUGAGAUGAAGAUGAAGGCUUCUGAAGACUGGACCACAGACGCCCCGAAAUCCUGAGACUUUGCCAUUAAACAAAGUCAACUAAACUUGGCCCUGUGCGACUGUUGGUUGAUAUGUGACCUUGAAGGCAUGGACAUAACUCAUGGAACAUUUGAGAGGUACCUCUCACAUCUGUGGUAAGAAAUGGAAAAGGAUUAACCUUCAAAAUUAAAUGCCAACAUAAAGGUCAAAAUGAAAUCAAAACUUCAGAGUUCUGUUGGAGAUGUAAGAGAACCUCACUCCAAAUCCCAAUGACAUUUCUAUAACUAAAAAUCCAGCCUUGGAACAGAGUCCUUCUAAACUGUAGCUGUUUCCCAAUUCAGGCGUCGUAUCCUUCGGAGGACUCGAUCUACCCGGUCAAAGACAUAGCCUAGACCGAGUAGAUAGCAAAGGCCGAACUUAAAUGAGAGAGUCUGUUGGUGAGUUUUAUGGAUAUGGACCAAACCAAGUUGUGAAAAAAUCAAGUACCCGUGUUCCCACAUAUGAAGUUUCUUUGACCGCUUUAGUUUUUCGGAUGCUAAGGAAAUAAAUAUCAUCACAUUACUUUUUUUAACUUGGUAUUUUUCAGCUUAUAAUAGCCAGAGCACCAGAGGUGGGCAAUUUGUCAUAGAAUAGGGAAAGAAAUCCAGAGGCACAUGCUUUUGUUUUUUUCCCCCCCAUAAAGAGAUUGAAAGAGAAAGAGGAUAGUGGAACAGAGGAAAGCCCUGGAUGUGAAUUCAUGACUUUGGCUCUGUGUACAAGAUGAAUGUUAUCUCACCACUGCCAAACCUAUCAUUCUCUGUUCUCGUCCCCAUUCCUAUUUUAUCUCAAAAAGAAAGAAAAAAAAUAGGAAAAAAAUAUAUACUCUAUUAUAUGCUUACAUAAUGAAUUUUAUCACUAUCCUCAAUGGUUGACUGGUUACCCACAAUCUUUUAGGAAGGAUACACCGCCACAAAACUGUGUAUAUGGGAGAUUUAGCUCCUAAACCACCGGCCAUUUAUACUUAAUAUUUUUUUGCCGACCAUACUAGAAUGAGGGAAAUACAAUGUUAGAUUUUUCUAUGUAUUUUUUCUGCGAUCUCAGGCAUGGUUUUGAUUAAUUUACAUAGAGUGAAUGAAUUAGCAGACUCCUGGCACAUGCUUGAGCUGUGUGUAAUUGUGAAGGUCUUUUUUUUUGUAUUCGUUGCAGUUUUGCUGUCCAAGCAGAGAUAGUUUUGAGAUGUUACCUCAUAACAAUGAAGUUACCGACAGAAAGUACUUGAAACAAGCACCUUUGAAAAAUUCUGUUUGCAAAAUAUGCAAAUGAUAUUCUCACAGGCAGUAUGACAUUUUGAUAUUAUAAUUUUUUUUAAACAGCUUGUGUCUGACUGACUUUAAGUAAAUAGGCUACAACAUGCAUUACUGCGGGAUUGGGCCUCUAUCUUUUUUCCUUUAAGUUAAACUUUGAAUUGGAGGGUAUUUUAUGUUUGACAGGCGUAACUAAAACCUGUUAUGGAGGAAUACAGCAGGAAAAAACCAAGGCAGAAAUUAGAACUGUCGGUGCCAUAACUGCCAAAUACUUGGAUGCUUAUCGAAGCCACUUCUGCCAGGUCAUCUCUAGAAUGAGGUGCAUCAUGUUGAAAGAACACACCCGCAUCCGUGAACGCACAUGUACAGCUGAGACAUGCCCAUAUUACAUUUCCAUCAUGCUAUGUAGAAUCUGAGGUACAAUCCAGAGUAAGAAGAACAAGGAGCAGCUGUUGCUUGCUCUCCGAUCUGCUGGCUUUUCCAGCUGACGACAGCUGUGGAUUGAAACACACCUUGAAUGUCAUUUCUUGGUUUAAAGGACAGUUUGUUUUGUUUUUUUGUCAGAAUAGAAGUGUCUUAGAAAAGCACUUUGUUUUGGUUCAGAAUCAGACGCCGAUAGAAAUCCUCAGAAAUAGUUGUAUAGUUUUUUGCCACUCUUGUUUUCACGCGAAAAGAAGAUAUUCAAUUCAUGGUCGAUGUUUGCCUUUUUUUAAUUAAUUUUUUUUUACGUACAGUAUAAUGUGGGAUUAUUUCCGUUUCCUUGAAAUGGACUCACUGCAGAAUGUAUUGCGUAUUUCAUUAUUGAUAUGAGCAGGACAUAUUUCUAGAUCUUCGGAGCGGUGACAAGAUUACAUAAAUCCAAAUCCCGCUUCCUGCUGCAUGGUACAGAAUCAGGUACAUCGGGUAAGAUUAAGUUAUAGGGAAACUGUUGCAGCACCACAAGAUGCACGUAGAUAUUACCCAUGAAGCCUCAGUGGUGAACUGUCACUCUUAGCUCGCAGUACCUCAAUUUAUUCUGAGGACUCGUUAUCAAAGACCAGAAUAUGUGAAGGAGGCCUGAGUCAGUUUGCUUUCAAGAAGUGGAUUUUAAUUUUCCUUAUAUUUAAAUAUACUUUGCAUGGAGGUUGUCAUAUCCAAACCUAUUUAUAACUGAGAAUGAACACCACACCGUUAUGACAAAUCAUUAUUUAUGGUUCAAAACGAUUGCAGUGAAAUAAAAAUAAAGAAACGGACCCAACCUCUGCAGUCUAGAAAACCUUGCAGGUCAUUCAGUAUAUUGGUGCCUUGCUUUUGUGGUACAAAUUUCAUCUCCAUAUUUAGUUUCUUGAAAAGUGCAUUAGGUUCCUCUGAUCAGAAAUGGCUGCACUGUCUUUAUUUUCUCUCCUUGUAAAUGUUCAAACUUGAGGCAUUUUGGUUUUUUUAUUCAGAGCUCAUAUGGCUACUGGGCAAAGAACAGCCCUCUGACAUGUUAACAUUGUCUCGUUUAUUUUAAUUUAUUUAAAUUAUGUGCACAUAUUUACACCCUAGUUAUAAUCUCAGUUAGAUUUAUGAAGCCUGUAAUGUAAUGAAAAUGCAAGUUGACUUUUAUUGUCAUUUAUCAAUAAAGACAAUUCUACGAGGAGUUUUUUUUAA